UGUCCGGUCACUCAAUGCUGACGGACCAACUCGACAUGUCCACAGCGGAAAAAAAGCCCGUCCAAGUGUCUCCAAAUGAGGACGACGACAAACUGCAGCUAAUUCAAGGUGUGGGACCUUUGUGCUUCCGGUGUGUAGGUGCUGUCUUCCUGGCGGCUGCGUCUUCUUUGGGCCUGAUCGCAGGCUUCGGAUCCACUUUGGCUUUGGCCAAGAAAAACAAUCCGGACUGCUUCAGCAAGGGUGGGACGGCGGCGCUUCCCGAGAGUGGCGGGGCGCUGGCGCUGCGAGCUCUGGGCCGCGGCUCGGCGUACGCGUGCCUUACCGUGGGCGUGCUCAGCUUGGGCGCGUGCAAGCUGCUCGGCGUCGGCAGUCUGUCCGACCUCAGACGGAAGAUGGCGUUGCUGUUGCCGCCCAUCCCCAGGUCGGAAGCGGCGCCGGGGUCCGACUCGAGCAACCUCGACUCGCUCUUCAGGUCCAAGUGAGCGGACGGAACGUCGGCGGUUGGCGUGCGUCGGAGAGCCGCCGUUUGUGACUUGGCUUUGUAGGACUGUGGGAACGUUUUCUGUUGGUGUUGGCUUCAUACACAUCAACAAGCUUGCAUGUCAGAAACAGGUUAGCGGACUUCCUGCGUGUGCUGCCGUAACUACUAGCUGAACUUGCAAAAAUAUUUGUUUCUUUAUGGUUGGUGACUCUGUGGACGUAAUACAAAUAAAUGUCAUCUGAAUGCAAA